CUGGUAAACAAUCGUAGAAGAAGAGCAGGAGCACAAGAAGAGGAAGAGGAGGACUGAGUCGGAGCAGAGGAAGAAGAAGAGCGGAGUUAUUGAUCACUGAUCGAUCCGAGAGAUGUACUACUAUCGCUAUGACAACCCUGAGGUCAGCUGCUGCUACAAGUACCUGAUGUUCAGCUACAACAUCAUCUUCUGGCUGGCCGGAGCCGCCUUCAUUGCCAUCGGGUUCUGGGCGUGGAGCGAGAAGGGGGUUCUGUUGGACCUGACCCGGGUGACCCAGCUGCAUGGCUUUGACCCGGUCUGGCUGGUUCUGGUGGUGGGCGGAGUCACGUUCAUCCUGGGCUUCGCCGGCUGUGUGGGAGCGCUGCGGGAGAAUAUCUGCCUGCUCAAGUUUUUUUCCGGGGUGAUCGGGUUCAUCUUCUUCCUGGAGCUGACCGUGGCGGUUCUGGCCGUGGUUUUCCAGAGCCAGGUCCGAGAGUGGCUCAACAACUUCUUCCUGCAGAACAUCAAGGGCUACCGGGACGACAUCGACCUGCAGAACCUCAUCGACUCUUUGCAGAAGAUGAACCACUGCUGCGGGGCCCAGGAACCCGACGACUGGAACCUCAACGUCUACUUCAGCUGCAACGGGACCCAUCAGAGCCGGGAGAAGUGCGGCGUCCCGUUCUCCUGCUGCGUCCCCGACCCUGCCGACUCGGUCCUGAACACCCAGUGCGGCUACGAUGUGAGGAAGCAGGACGGGGUGAAAGAAUGGAGUGAAAAGAUCUUCAAAGGAUGCAUCCCGGCGCUGGAGGAAUGGCUUCCUCGCAACCUGUACACCGUGGCCUUCAUCUUCAUCGUCAUCUCUCUGCUGCAGAUGGUGGGGAUCUAUCUGGCCCGAACCUUGAUCGCCGACAUUCAAAAGGUCAAUUCAGCCAUUAACCCCCGCGGUGGGCGGAGCCUCGGCCCUCUUGGUGGGCGGAGCCUCGGCCCUCUUGGUGGGCGGAGCCUCGGCCCCCUUGGUGGGCGGAGCCUCGGCCCUCCCGGUGGCGGAGCCUCGGCCCUCCCGGUGGGCGGAGCCUCGGCCCUCUUGGUGGGCGGAGCCUCAAUCCUCUUGGUGGGCGGAGCCUCGGCCCUCUUGGUGGGCGGAGCCUCGGCCCCCUUGGUGGGCGGAGCCUCGGCCCUCCCGGUGGGCGGAGCCUCGGCCCUCCCGGUGGGCGGAGCCUCGGUCCUCUUGGUGGGCGGAGCCUCGGCCAGGAGUUUUGCACCUGGCUGCUGAGUCGCAUGUGCCUUCAUCUCCUUCCAGUGUGGUCUUCCUCUGAUGUGCUCCUUGCUAUGGUUACUGAAAAUGUCUGCUGAACAGCGCCACCUUGUUUUGUCUGGACCUGAUGCCUUCACUUCCUGCUUCACCUGAGAGGCCUUCCAGAACCGAUCGCUUGCCUUUGUCACGUCUGAUCACCUGAACAUCAUCAGUAGCAACGACAGCCACGUUACCGGUCCGGUUACCAGAAACCGGUCCGGUUCUGGUAACCGGUUCGGUUCCGCUCACAUGACUCGCUGUUUAAUGAAUGUGAAUGCCAACACUGGAAAACACGUUGGUCUGAAUAAAGUUGUGUUUGAAUA